AUGGAUUCUACUUUGCCUAUAGCGAAGAGGACCCGUUCUAGAGAGGCUAUCAUGUAUAAGAAGAUCCAUGAGGAGAUCAAGAAACGGAAACUAGAUAGUGGUCGGACCGAGGCAGUGGCGAAGAGCGAAUCAAGUUAUUAUCAAGUUAGAUCAGUUAAGGGUGAGAAUCUAGGAUCAGGAUCUGUAGCUUGUAAAGAAGUUGUUGAUGUAGAAGGUGUAGAAUCAUUGAGUGGACAUGAUGCUACUUUUGUGUGUGUAGAGGAUUCUGGGGAGGAGAACAAAGGUAAUCCUCAAAUGGGAGUAAAAGAGGGAACUGAUGAUGAGGUGAUUGCGUUGGAUGACAGUGACAGCGAGGAUGGGGUGCUGUUUUUAGGGGAAGAAUGUGAUUUAGGGGUAGAAGAGUGUGAUGAAGAUGUUGAUGAGGAAGAAGAUGAUGUUUUCGGUGGCCAAGGGUCAGGGGUGAGUGUGGACAGUUCAGAUGAGCUGUUUUCAUCCAGUGAAGAGGAGGAUAAUGAUGAUCCUGAUUAUGAAGACUAUGGACCUGAAAAGUCUGAAACUUCUGAUAGUGUAGCGGAGUCAUCUAGUGAGGAUGAAGGUGUGAUUUUUGUUGAGGAGAGAGUGUUUGCAAAGGGAGCAAGUAAGGGCAAAGUGGUUGAAGAGAAAGAUGGAAUGGAGGAUUUGGUUGAUUCUGAAAACAGCAAAAACAAUGGCAUUAGUGAGGAAUAUAAUGAAUUUGAUAAUGUCAAUCAAUCGCUGAACUCUGUGGCUAAACGCACUAGAUCAUGCUUUAAUUCUGAAAAUUCGGAAAGGAAAACAAAACUCAGGCGCACAUUGAGCAUGGAUGCGGAGAAGCUGGAAUCUCGUAGGUUUGUUGAUAAUGACAAUGACAAAGUGUCUCGCAGUGUUAAGAAGACAGGGCCUACGAAAUUCUCCAAUAGAAACCACAUCUUGAAGUAUAAUGAUGUGCAAAAGAUUCUUUUGAAUUCCAUUUUGGGCGCGGAAGAAAUUGGCUGUGAAACUUCUUUAUCUGCUAGAAGUGAUGGAAGUGAUUUUGAUUCUGAAUCUGGAAUUGAGGAAUCAACUCCUCCAGAAAAAACAGAAUCUGAAGAAGAAAUGGAUAGACUUUGGAAUGAGUUGAACUUUGGUCUCACUUGCUCUGAGAUACAUUCCACUUAUCCUGCCAAGGCAGUAAAAAAUGACGGGUUAUUGGAAUGUUCAUUGGAUAAAUUCGAUAAAGCAAGUUCAAGCGCUUUACUUUGUUGCCACUCUGAAGUGGUGGAACAUGGUGCAAAACCAUCUCAAGAGGUCGAAGAUGAAACUCCCCAAUGUUCUCAUGGAACUCAUGAAUUCGUCAUUGAUGAAGAAGUUGGAAUUUUAUGCAAGUUCUGCUCCUUCGUGAAAGUGGAGGUUAAAUACAUUUCAGCACCUUUUUUUAAACGUGCUUCAGGAUACUCUGAGCGGAAGGACUCGACAAUGGGUCACUCUAUGCUUGAUGAUCUCCGCAAUAAUGGCUCUGGUUUCAACUCCCAAGCUGCCUCGGAUUCCAGUUCUCAAGCAGAAGCCACAGUGUGGGACACUAUUCCUGGUGUAAAAGGUAGCAUGUAUCCUCAUCAACGUGAAGGUUUUGAAUUUAUUUGGACUAAUUUAGCCGGAGGAAUAAAACUGGAUGAACUGAAAACACAAACAAGCUCCAUGAGGGGAAAUGGAUGCAUUAUAUCACAUGCUCCAGGAACAGGGAAAUCUCGUCUUACUAUUGUGUUUUUGCAGAGCUACGUGAAUUUAUAUCCAAACUGCAAGCCGGUUAUUGUUGCUCCUCGCAGUAUGCUGCUUACCUGGGAAGAAGAGUUCCAGAAGUGGAAAGUUGAUAUUCCCUUUCACAAUCUCAACAAUCCAGAGUUAUCUGGCAAGGAAGAUGCUUAUGCUCUCAAUGUAAUGAACAGGGCCAAGGUUAGACAUGGGGAGCGCAAAAGAAACCUUAUCCGACAGGUGAAGCUUUACUCAUGGAACACAAAGGGAAGCAUUUUGGGAAUUAGUUACCAACUCUUUGCACGACUUGUUGGUAUUGAUAAGAAGGGUGGAGAGCCCUGCAAGGAAGUAGAUGAGGAUGUGAGAAAAAUCCUUCUUGAUUUUCCGGGUAUUUUUGUCUUUGAUGAAGGACACACACCUCGGAAUCAUGAGAGUGGUAUUUUUAAGGCUCUGUCAAAAGUUAAAACAGAAAAGCGCAUCAUUCUCUCUGGGACUCCAUUUCAGAAUAACUUUGAAGAACUAUAUAAUAUUCUGUGUUUGGUGGCGCCAAAGUUUGCGGAUUCAACGCAAUCCAAAGUAGUCAAAAAGCGUGGACGCAAGCCGAAUGAAGCCAAAGAGAAAUGGGCUUCUCUGACCAGCUCCAUCGGCAAAGUUUCUUCUGACAGAUGACAAGAUGAAGACAAGAAUUUGAAAGAGCUUAAAACUAUGAUUGCCCCAAUUGUGCAUAUACAUAAAGGAACUGUUUUAAAAGAAAGUCUGCCUGGGUUGAAGCACUCUUUGGUUGUUUUACAGCCAGAUGAUUUCCAGAAGAGCCUCCUUGAAGGUGUCAAAAGAUCUUAUCAUCAGCAAAGCGGUGGUUUUCAAAGAUCAAAAAGCUUUCUUACCUUGGAUCAUAUUGUGUCUGUGACAUCUGUGCAUCCUUCCUUGUUGCCUGAGCAAUGCUACGAGGAAGAGGAGUUUGUUGUUCACAAGGUUAAGCUGGAAAAGCUUAGACUGAAUGCUGAGGCAGGAAUCAAAACCAAGUUUUUCAUGAUGCUUCUCAAACUUAGUGCUGCUAUGAAUGAAAAGGGCAAGGAGGUGCUAUAUAUGGAUGGGAAGCGAGAUUUAAAGGAGCGGCAGUCGUCAAUCAGAGUGUUCAAUGAUCCAAAGAGUGAAGCAAAGGUAUUGCUUGCCUCAACAAGGGCUUGUGGUGAAGGAAUAAAUCUUGUGGGGGCUUCGCGGGUUGUGUUGCUUGAUGUUACCUGGAAUCCGGCUGUUGAAAGACAAGCUAUAAGCAGAGCAUAUAGGCUUGGUCAGAAAAAAUUUGUGUAUGUUUAUCAUCUGAUUACGUCGGGGACUAUGGAAGAGAGUAAAUGUUGUAGACAAGCGAGAAAGGAACGAUAUUCUGAGUUGGUAUUCUCUUCUUCAGAUGGAAGUGGCAAUCAGCAGAAAUCUGCAAGUGAAGAGUUAGAGGAUAGAGUUUUGGAAGAGAUGUUGCAACAUCACAAAUUCGUUGAGGAGAUAAUUGAGCAGCCUGAAGAGUCUAAGUUGAUUGAGACUCUCGGCUUAACGAAAGCCUCCAUCAACUUAGAGUAG